AUGAAUUUCGGUGAAACAACGGAUGUUCAGAAGUCGGACUAUAACGAUGUAAAAGAAAUUGGUACAGGCGCAUUUGGAACUGUGCACGAAGGUCGGACGAUAGAUGGGCAAGUGUUCGCCGUGAAAACAAUCUCCAUGAAUAAAAGCACAUCAGCCGAGGCUCAGCGCGAAUUCGCUUUCGAGGCUUUGUUCAUGCAAAGGUAUUCCAGCAAGUUCAACCAUCCAAACAUUGUGCGACUUCAUUGGAUUCAGUGGGAUCCACCUCGAUUACGUAUUAUUCUCGAAUAUAUGGGAGGCGGCGAUUUGCGCUCUUUUCUUAGGGAAGCCCGUCCAACUCAGGAAAAUCUCAAUCCAUUUGAUCUGCGUGUUUCGGAUCUCAUAAAUAUAGCGCUUGACAUAGCUAGAGGGUGUGAAGAGCUGAACCGGCAAAAAUACAUCCAUCGAGAUCUUGCUGCACGAAAUUGUCUACUAACGGAGAAGGGUCCAAAUAGAAGAGUGAAGAUUGGUGACUUCGGAAUGGCCAGAGAUAUCUAUGAGAAUAAUUACUACCGUAAAGGUGGGCGCGCCAAACUGCCAGUCAGAUGGAUGCCUCCAGAGGCGUUUCUCGACGGUUUAUUCACAACUCAAACCGAUGUUUGGUCAUUUGGCAAGUUUUUGUUGGCUGUCAGGGCGUGA